AUGGCGUCAAAACUGAUUCGACACUUUUACGUGGGCAGAAGGCGAAAGCGAAGACAAUAUAGACCAGGUUCUAAAGAAAUUUUACGAGCAUUUGCGAACCAAGAACUCAAGUUAUUUAUGAACGCUAUCGAUUUAAUAACAGAAAACAAGAACAAGGCGAGAAUGUUUCAACUUAUUCAACCGAAUUACGAACAAUCGCUCGGAAUUGUGAUCAUGAGUCAAUUACACCUGAGGAAAUAUUAA